GUUACUACCAGUGCUGAGAAUAACCAUGAGCUCUUAGUUGCUCAAAGCUCCUUGUUGGACAACUCUUCCAAUCAAGAACAAGUGAAAUCUUUUCCUGAUGACAACUUUAAGCACUGUCCUGACCAGAAUGGGAAUGUAACCAUAGCUGAAGAGGGCUGGAAGGACUAUGAGAAUGCGUGGAAAGCAGAUCCUCAGCUAACCUUAACGCAAGGUCUGCCCAGCUUGAGGUUGAAACCCUUCUUAAAGGCAACAUAUGAGCCGAAAAGCCUGGCUAUAUUAAGCACAACUGAAAAGCAACAGGCAAACAAAACAGAGGAAUUGACACUGUCUGAUACCAAAGAUCCUCCUAGUAUGUCUGAAAGUUCUUGUCAAGGCAGUUCAACAGAAGACAACUUUGUGCUCCAGAAAACUAACGAUAUAUCAUCUGCAUAUCCAAGACAGGAAGUGAGGUUGAAAAACAAGCAAGAUUUACUUGUUACAAGAGACGGGAAUGAGUCAAAGAACCAUGACUGCCUUUUUGGCAAUAGUGACGACAAAACAUCUCCAGGUUCACAAAAUACAUCUCUAUUAUCUGAUUUAUCUGAUGCUGACCCUGAGGCUACCACAGAGCUUACCAGUUCAGACAAAGUUCUGGUUAAGUUGAAGAUCGAAGAGGACCUUGAGCCGAAAGGACUGAGAACAUUCCAAUCAGAUUUGAAUCUAAAUGACUCUAACAAGGCAUCUACCAAUCAGAACACAUUCAUGACGAAAAAUGAAAAUGAAGAGUCAGUCCUAAUGGUAAAGCACACCACAGCUGAGAUUUUACAGGAGAUUUUGUGUACCGGUGGUGUGGAGCCACAUGUUGGGACAAAAGAAUCUUCCAAGAGAAGAAAACUUGAGUCAAAUGAACUAGCAGAAGAUGCAGACAAUGUUGAUGAAGCUGAGAUAAUGACAGCCUUACUGCUCAGAGAAAAAGAGCCUCCGUGUUUUACAGCUGUCAUCACACCACCAGUCCAGAUUCACAUGUUACCUGAGAAAGAAGCAGCUAACUCAUUGGAUGUGUCCCAUUUGUUUGUCUCAGAAUCCGAGAUUCAGAGCAUGAUUUCAGAUAUCUUGGAUGCAGAUAUUCCCACACCAAAAACAAAUAAACGUACAGGACCACCACCACCUGUUCCGAAGAAACCUAAAAACCCUUUUAGUAAAGUAGUUGCUUCUAAGGAUUCAAAUGAAGUAAAUGAGCCUAGGCAAUAUUCUGACCUUCUACUACAGAACAUCAGACUGGGAAGGCAAGAAGCUGCAAUGGAGUCGGUCAAUGAGGACUAUGAAAGGUUCCAUCCAAACCUUGACAUGUUGUCAUACUAUCCAGAGACAUCUUGCUCACCAUCCUACAUAUGCAUGACAGAAGGUUUUGAUCCUGGGUUUGACCCUGAAGACGAUGUUUCAGAAAUGUAUCCAGAUUUUCAUAGUAAAGAAACAGACUUAUGGAAGGAAAUAGUUGAUAUUCCUCCUGAGAAAGAACGGAGAAAAAAAGACAUAUCUCAGGUUAGACACAUGUUAGAACAAAAGGCAAAAAUGAAAGGCCCUCCACCACCAGUACCAAAGAAACCUAUAAGCCCAUUUGUUGCCCCAGAAAAAGAGAAGAUUUCACCAAUAAUAGACUCUGAGGAGUGUGAUUAUGAACCCUAUAUUUACAUGGAUGAUGAGCAACCAGAGCCAACCUGCAUCACAAAAAGGUGCAGCAUUCCAGACGCUUAUAGUGAAUCUGAUGAAAAUGGUUUUGCCAGAUACAGACCUGUUUCUGAACUCAUUAGAGAAACCAACAAGGUACAUGAGAGAAGGAUAUACCAAGGCAGCCAGGCAAGUGUAACCGAACAGAGGGCUGAUGUUGGAUACCAGAGUAAUAAAAUACUGGAAAUGAGCAAAAACUUUGAUGUUAAAAAAUCUCCACCAUCUCAUAUGGAAAGAAAACUGUCACCAAAGAAAGAGAUGAUCAGACGAGUGGUUCGACAGAGCAAGUUCCGCCAUGUGUUUGGCCAGGCGGUGAAGAACGAUCAGUGCUAUGAUGACAUCAGGGUAUCACGUGUUACAUGGGACAGCGCCUUUUGUGCCGUCAACCCCAAAUUCGUCGCCAUCAUCGUUGAGGCCAGUGGUGGAGGAGCUUUCAUUGUCCUCCCUCUUCAAAAGACUGGCCGUAUCGAUAAGGCCUACCCUACCGUCUGUGGGCACACAGGCCCUGUGCUGGACAUCGACUGGUGUCCUCACAAUGAUCACGUCAUUGCCAGUGGCUCUGAAGACUGCACCGUAAUGGUGUGGCAGAUUCCUGAGAAUGGACUCACUGCUCCUCUUUCGGAGCCCGUUGUGGUGUUGGAGGGGCAUUCUAAGCGGGUUGGCAUUGUGACGUGGCACCCCACAGCCCGUAACAUCCUCCUCAGUGCUGGAUGUGAUAAUGUGAUCAUGAUUUGGAACGUGGGCACCGGUGAGGCUCUCAUCACACUAGAUGACAUGCAUCCAGACGUCAUAUUCAGUGUGUGCUGGAACCGUAAUGGCAGUCUCAUCUGCACCGCCUGCAAGGACAAAAAAGUCCGUGUCAUCGACCCACGCAAGGUCAAGAUUACUGCGGAGAAGGAUAAAGCCCAUGAAGGAGCACGACCCAUGAGGGCCAUCUUUCUUGCAGAUGGCAACAUCUUCACCACCGGCUUUAGCCGCAUGAGUGAAAGGCAGCUGGCGUUGUGGAAUCCGAAGACCAUGGACGAGCCGAUCUCCGUGCAUGAGAUGGACACCAGUAAUGGAGUUCUGCUCCCUUUUUAUGACCCAGAUACUAACGUUGUAUACCUGUGUGGAAAGGGUGACAGCAGCAUCAGGUACUUCGAGAUCACAGACGAAGCCCCGUAUGUUCAUUACCUGAACACCUUCUCCAGCAAAGAGCCACAAAGGGGUAUGGGCUACAUGCCCAAACGGGGUCUUGACGUCAAUAAGUGUGAGAUUGCAAGGUUCUAUAAACUUCAUGAGAGGAAGUGUGAGCCGAUUAUCAUGACCGUCCCAAGAAAGUCAGACCUGUUUCAGGAUGACCUGUAUCCGGACACAGCCGGACCCGAUUGCGCUUUGGAAGCUGAACAGUGGUUUGAGGGCAAGAACGGUGAUCCCAUCCUGAUCUCACUUAAACACGGCUAUGUCCCUGGCAAGAACCGGGACCUUAAAGUAAUAAAGAAGAAUGUUCUGGAUAACAAGUCACCCAAGAAAGUGGAGGAGACUUCAGCUCCUCAGAAACCUGCCUCUCCUCAGCUCACCAGAAAGAAUGAAGUUAAGUUGGAAGAACUGCUGCGGGAAGUGAAAUCGCUCAGAGACCUGGUGACCCUUCAGGACCGAAGAAUUGCCAAACUGGAAGAUCAGGUGGCCAAAGUAACGAUUUGAAUCACCGUGUCAGUGUAAAUAUAGAAAGAGAAAUCACAGCCGGGCAGGGGGCCAGUCACUGCCGAGAAUUUAGCAAUUCGACUUGACCAUUCCGCUUGGUGUUUUCUCUCACGAUGACGACUUGAAGCAACAUUCCGAGAUGGACCUUUUCAUCUUGUGCUUUGUGUCCUGUUUUUGUUUGUUUUAAGCUGAUGGACAUUGAUUUUACCUGAUAAAUAUUUUAGACUUCAUGAUUUUCUUACUUUAUUUUUGUAAGUUGUGAUUGUUAGAAUUUUUGCACCAAGUCCCUAGUGUGUUUCUAUGGGCACAUCAGUAUUGCUUUUCUUUUCUUAUUUCUUUGUGCUGCCAAAUGUGAGGUGCACUUGACUUGUAUAUUGUUUUCAUUUUUUAGCUGUUGAUAGAAUAUGUAAUGACAACAUGGACUUUUAAACUGUUUGACUGGAAGGUUUGCUGUACAGAGGUUUUGGGUUUGUGUGACUGUGAAGCUCAAUGAUGUGAAAACUGAGGAGGUAAAAAGACGUUAACCGGCACGAGAAGGAAAUCCUACAGCCAGAGCAGUAUUAAACAGCAUGGUGGCUGAUUUACCAUAAUUUACUGUACACAAAGUCCUCUGUUUAUUCUCUGCUGCCAAGUAUAGUGGAUUUCAAUCCUCGCUUUUACAUACAGGGUUUACUAGCCAUAAAAAGCAGUAGUUAACUGACUAAUAUAUUUAACAAGUUCUCCAACAGCAAUAAAUCAACAGGGUUUGUGCAGUAUAACUGCUACUGCUACUCUUGACUUAAUCUGUUAAUCGCUUAUGAUUAUAAAAUGCUAGGAGUGGUGAGUAGCUUUAUACUGGAAAUACACCAGAACCCGCAGUAUUUGUCCUUUCUUUGUCCUGGUUUCCAUUACAACUCUUUAAGAAUGGAUUACAUUAUAUAGCAAGGUUUGGGUGUAUUUACAUGUAUAAUAUAAAAUUUGGACUUGAAUUGUUCUCUGCUUGAAACGUUUGGGUCAGAUUGUGCUAUCUGGUUAAUCCAUUUGCCCCUUUACUUGUUCCUAUCAUUUAGUGAAAGAGGUCAUCAAAUGUCACCAACAGUUAGCCUAAUUAAUUUAAAUUAAAUUUAGAGAUUUUUUACAAAUCACAUCAUAUUUUGUGCAGCUGUAAAAUCAGGUUUAAUUUAACCAGACAUAAUUUACAUCAGUAAAACAUAAGGACCCAGUCCUGAGUCUGUAGGCUGGAAGGAUAGUAUUCCCGUAUUCCCAUUACAAAACAACACUUAGCUCAUUUGUAUGAAAGGAGUGGUUGGAGCCCUUCUAGUACAUUGACCUGGCCAAAGUGGUCAGUGAGACCCUGAAGUUCCUUAUGAAGCCAGCGUUUGCCCUCACCCUCCUUCAGAUAGGUAGCUGUUGUGUGAUUGGGUAGCCUCACCUAUUGGAUGGGGCUUGAAAAUGACUAAAUAGAAAAAAAGGGUUCAAAAUAGUACACCACCAAUGGCCUCAUUACUAUUUUAUAUCUAAUAUAUGAUACAUCAUCAACAUGGUCGAGGAAAAGCUGCCAAAUACGAAAGGUUUGAAGUGUUAUCUGUGUCACCAGUGCUGAAAAUGCAAAUCAAUGCAAAAACCAGUUAAUUCUGUGCAUCAAAAUGUCUAGGAGUUAAUUUAGUCUAGUAGUAGAACUAUUUCUAACAUUCAUAUCUAGGACUUGGCUUGACUGACAGUUUUGAAAGCCUGCAUGUAAUAUGUAUUAUAAGAUCUCCUCACUAGAUCACAUAGUGCUCUACAAGACUCUGAUUUAGAAAAUUCCAGGUAAAUCAUUUUACAUUUGCUUUUCGUUUUAGCUCGAGCUCUUUAGGGAGCUACUUGGCUGUGUUCUAUCUCAGAUGAACAGCAUUCCUGUCUCCCAUAUCAAUCAUGCUGCAACAUUUUGGACGUUUGUGUGAUCAGAAUGUGACCUGCCCAAUGGAACUGCAUGAGCUGUAGAUCAUAAAGAUGCAGUUGGCUGGCUGCACAUAUCUCAGAGGAAGCACAUGCCAGCCUCAGUCUCCUAAAUUGGUGGUUGUAGUGUGAUGGAAACUCAAAAUGCAAGUGGGAGUUUUUAAUGCCUGAUUUAGGGUAAUAACAAAAAUAAAACAUUAGGUUGUAACUGUGUGCUAAUGUAGUGUGAAGAUCAAUUCAUAUCUUUUGCAUAUGCCAUGUAAGUUGUAAAUUGUAAUUACAAUGUAAGUUUGGAUCGUAGUACUUGCAGAAUCUGACAGCAGAGUUGCAUUUCUGUUUGACUACUGUUAAUAAAAACAACUCCAUUCAUUUAGCUGUUUUGUUGAUUUAAAAUGUAAGUACAUCUUCAGGAAGCCUGUGGUACCUUCACAUGUUCCACCUUGUUUUCUAGUUACACUGUAGCUCAAUCAGCCUUUUUUAUUUAAACACACCCUCCUCUGAGCCGAUAUUCAGUACAGGUUUCCUUAGAGCAGUGGUUACCAGCUGGCCCUCGCCUGUGUAAACGAUCUGUAAACGUAGUGGUGCCUCUUUGUGUAUUACUGAUUUGAGCCCGGCCCCUUCAGCACAAUCCGGCUGGAGCUUGGUCGACGUGAACCUGAACCGUCUUGUGCAUGCAUUCCGGGUUUCACCUAAACAGAAAAAGUCUGCCCUACAAUAAAUCCUGUUCAUAUUUGG